AUGGCCGAGCUCGUCGGCUUUGGGCCCUCGGGAUCUGGCGUCACACCCCAGGGAGCGCCUCGAGAUGCGGGGUCUCUGGCGGACAACGUCUCGCGCACGUCGUCCCAGCCAGACCUCGUCUCCGAGCGGAUCUGGUGGUCAGAGGCGAUGUUGUCGACGAUCCAGAACAUUCGAGGAACAACGAGGCAGCUGCAGGCCUCCUUCGUGGAGGAAUCCCAGAAACAGCAGGCGCUGGCGGCGCAGGUGCAGCGGCUGCUGGCGGAGCACCCGCAGCAGCUGCGGGGGGGCGCCGCGGAGGAGGCCCAGGAAAACCACGAUGAGGCGCAGCUCGACGAGGUGGCGUGGGGGGGCCGCCUGGCGGAGCUGCUGGAGCGGGAGAUGGAGGAGCGGCGCGCCGGGGAGGCCUGCCUGCUCGAGAAGGUCCAGCAUCACGGGGAUGCCCUGGCCAGGAUUGAGGCGCUCAUCGGGCCAGGGGCUUCGCAAGACGUCGACUCCGUCGCCGAGUCGGCCGCCGAGGAGGAUUGUGCCACGCGGCCACCGUUGGAGAAGUCCAGCACCGUUGGCUUGAGUGUUAGAGUUUCCUCGGCUCUUUUCGAGGAGGACGGUUCUUCCACGCACAGCCGCUGCAGAAUGAUGGCCCACCAACGCCGCCGAUUCGCCGUGUGCACUUCGUGCUUGAUAGUAGCCAACAGCAUUUUUUUGGGGCUUGAGGCUAACGCAACCAUAACCUCAUCGGGCUUGACUACGCCAGAUGGCAUCGCGUGGCGACUAGCCAACGCCUUCUUCGCACUCGCGUUUCUGGUGGAGCUGAUAGUCCGCUGGGUUUCCGACGGUGCCGCCUUCUUUUUGCUGCCCCGCAAUCCGGACUGUUUCUGGAAUUGGAUGGACACGCUGCUUAUCCUGAUCACCGUUAUCGAAGAGAUUCUUCACGGUGCGGUGGCGGAUAUUUUACAGUCGACGUCAUUACCUUUGGUUUCCUGCGUUUAUCUCGCCUGCUCAGGGUGA